AUGAGAAAGACGAGGACGAGAAAGAUGAGGAAGCAGGCGGAGGGGCAGGAGCCGAAUCCUGCCGUCGCCGAGGUGGCGGCGGAGGAGACGGCGACGAAGACCAAUGGGGAGCCGGAGCCGGAGCGCAGGGUGGUGAACGGCAAGAGGAUGGUGAGGAAGAGGCUGCCCAUGAAGAAGGUGCGCCGCGUGCUCGCCAUCGAUCACAAGCCAGUCGUCAUCCCGUCUCCCGAGAGAGACCUCCCGCCGGCGGUCCUCGCCGCCAUGAAGCUGCGCCAGGCCCGCGUCGCCAAGAUCCACAAGGUGCAGGACGACAUCCGCGAGGACCUCCGCACCAAGGGCUACGUCAUGGGCUGGGUCACCGACGACGACGAGUAG